UCUCGUUGGCGCGAGAUUUUACUCAUCCAAGAUGUCGGACGCCUGGGAUGCAGAUGAUUUUGAACCAGGAGAUUUUAGUAAUAAACCUUCAGAUCGGUGGGAAGGGGAGGAUGAAGAUGACGUCAAGGAAAGUUGGGAAGAUGAAGAGGAUGAAGAAAAGAAAGAUGAAAAUGCUGAAUCAGAAUCCAAACCUUUCCAAAGAAAGAAAAAGAAACCAUUGGCAGAGAGAAUAGCAGAAAAACAAGCUGCAAAGGCAGCAUCCGAGGAGGAAGAGAAGAAACAAAACGCACCCCUGACAGCUGAAGAGGAAUUGGCAGAAAAGUUAUGCAGGGAGAAAAUUCAGAAAGAGGCUGAUUUAAAGCUUGCCAAAGAGGCUUUUGGAGUUGAAGUAACAGGCAUUGACACAAUGUACCCAGAAACCGAAGAAGAAUACAACAAGUUUGAGGAUGCAUUAAAAACAAAAAUCUCAUUUUUUGAAAAAUCCAAAUAUUAUGUUCCAUUUUUAGAAAAAUUAUUCACAGAUUUAGUUGUUUCAUUAGAAUGUGAGGAAGUGAAAAAGCUUGGUGCAACUCUAAACACAGUAUUUCAUGAAAAACAGAGGCAACAAAAGGAACAGGACAAAAAGAAGAAAAACAAGAAGAAAAUUGUGAUAAAAGCGGAACGUGACAAUGACUUUGGUGAUCUCGCAGCUGCUUCCACGGGAGAAUAUAACGACUUUUAUGAUGACGACUUUAUAUAACGUCAUGUGAUUUUGGUGAACGGGAUUAAGUUGACAGUGGAAAACAUACAUGUAUAACAUCCAACCUAUGCUGACUGUACUGAAAUCAAGCAUGACUGAACUCAUAUUCAGUGAAGCAUGCAUUGUACAAAAUUUUAUUUAUUUAUCAUUGAAUCAAUCUUCAGUUAACCUUUACAUAUUGUACAGAACUGUUGAAUGGAACUGUUAAAUAUAUUUCAUGAAAUGAAAUAGUGGAUUUGGCAUUAGAUUUUGCAAAUUUUGGAACCAUCUCUGAUAAAUUCAUUUGUCUAAAAGGAAAAAUACACUGCAGAAUAAAGCUUUUGAGUUGAA